GGGAUUUCGAGCGUUUUCGCUUUCACGUUUCCGAGAAUCGCUUGCGCCCCAGUGUCCCGUUCAGAACCAUUUCCACCGCUGCUUCCUCCGCCUCGUCCGGGCGCAUCAUGACGACUAUCUUUGACGGAUAUGACGAAGAGUACAAAAGCUUAGCGCAGUCCGUCUCCGCCAAGAUCAGCGAGAUCUCUAGCUACGAAGAAGAGCCCGACAAAAAGCGAACGGCUAUAACACAUGCGUCGGACCUCCUAACCCAAGCGUCGCAACUGAUCCAACAAAUGGAUUUGGAAGUGCGCAGCUUGGACGCCGCGACGAAGCGUGAACUGUCCAAGAAAGUCGAUCAAUACAAGAAGAGCCUCAAGUCUCUCUCUGAUGACCUCAAAAAUAUCAAGGCUAAGGAAGAAAAAGAAGGCUUGUUCGGGUCCGCUGAAGCCCGUAGUCGCAUGGCAGGGGCCACUCAAAAAUUGCAACAAACCGGUGACCGCAUCAAAGCGGCCCAUCAAACGGUGCUGGAAACGGAAGAAGUGGCCAUCGGCAUUCAAGAAGAACUAGGACGCAACCGCGAAAAAAUUCAGGCCACGCACGACAAGGUAAAAUCGGUCAACGACAUGGCGCGCUCUGGCGGUCGCAUCCUCGGUCGCAUGUCUGCACGUGACAAGCGCCAGAAACUCAUCUUGUACGGAGUCAUGGGGUUUAUGGUGCUUGCGAUCGUCAUUGUGCUGUUCUCGACCAUCUUUGGCAGGCCUUGAACAUCAGGGAAAAAUUUAUUUUUAUCGUUCUUCA